UUGAUUCUGAGCCGCUGCAUCUUCAGGCUCCUCUCCACCUCUCUGCUGGAGGCGAAACUGGUGAGUGGGGCCCCGGAGAUAGCUGCCGGGCUUCCCCUUAUCCCCCAGUUUUCAGUACCAUCUCUGAUGUUAGCGUCGGGGCCGCGAUCUCCAUCAUCGCCCCCUGCAGAGCCCCUCCCUGGGAACCCCCAAACCUCUCACUGAUCCGUUCAGAGUCUCCUUAUGAACCCCGAAGUCCUCACGGAUCCCCUCGACCCCUCCCUGGGUCCCUGAGGUUCCUCCCUGAUUUUUGCCACUUCGGGGCGCACACGGGGGCGUGGGCUCCUUGGAUUCUGUCUCCGGAGGCGGGGUGACCUCGGUGUUCGGGGGCCCCCCGCCCCCCCUCCCCAAUUCCUUCCUACCAAAAGAUCUUUCUGUUUGUUGUCCGGUUUCUCGGAGACCGGCCGGAGGCGUGGCCGAUCUGGCGGUCUCAGCCCAGCAGUCAAAGGCCACUGGCCGGGAAGAUUGGUGCGUCCUCCCAGAGCUGGUCUCUGCCGGGGUUCCCCAGCACCUUCUGGCUCUCAGGGCCCACGCACUUCUUCCAGAGUCCGAGAUGGACAAAAGUGUGUGGGUGGGCACUUGGCGGCCCCACCGCCCGCGGGGCCCCAUUGCAGCCCUUCACUCUGGUCCUGGACCCAAGUACAUGCUGCCCACUAACACCGGUUACAAGAUGCACGACCCAUCCCGUUUCCGGGCACCUGCGUUCUCGUUCGGCAUCAAAAUCCCCGAACAAAGCACGACGUGCGGCCCCGGCCCCGGGCACCUAAUCCCGGAGCGCAUGACAGUCCGGGGCCCCAACGGCGGGCCGGCCUACUCCCUCUACGGGCGGCCCCGAGAUGGCCGCUUGUUUCGCACUCCGGGCCCUGGUCGCUACUUCCCAGAGCGGGCCACCAACGUCGCAUACCCCAAACCCCCCGGGCACUCUAUGGCCGGCCGUACCAAAGCCUUUCAGGCGGCCGGGACCCCCGCAGGCAGGGAGCAGAUCUCCCGCGCCAUCACCACUCUGCUCAACCCGCUCUCCUCGUCCUCCCGGUGCCCCAGGUCCGGCGGCCUACUCGGUUCCCUCCCUCUUGGGCUGCCGUCUGAUCCACAAGACUUCGGCUCCCACUUACUCCAUCAGUGGCCGAACUUCCUUGGGCAGCUUCUGCCAAGACCUGAGCAAGACCCCAGGCCCCUGCGCUUAUCAAGAGGUGAAUCCCGGUGUGUACAAGACCAAGGCUCCCCAGUUCACCAUGCAGCCCCGCACCUUCACGCAGGAUAUCACCAAGAAGCCUGGUCCUGCCGCUUACUAUCCUCAACAGUUUCGCCAAACCCCUGGUCCCAGCUUCGGAAUCCGCCACUCGGAAUACCAGGCCCCGCUUAUCAUGGAUCCACAGGAGUAACCCCUGGGAGGCCAGGCCCGGGAGAAGGGACGGAGAUCUCUCCCGGUCCCCUCCUCUGUCCGUUUGUCCAGUCGCCCCCACCCCCUUGAGCGCCGCUUCCCUUCCGCCCCGCAUAAAGCAGGCCCCCGGAGGGCCGCAGAGUAUUCUCCCUCGAAGUCUCAGAGGCUGGGUCGCAGAGCCCCGAGCACCCUUGCUGCUGCUGGAGCUCCUGCCCCGAGCUGUAGCCCCAGUUUGUCUGUCUGUCUGUGUGCCUGUGGCCCCAUUCGGAAAUAAACCUUGACCUCUA